GGAAGGUUCCCGAAGCGGCCGCGCGUAACGAAAACGCGCCGCCGUCUGGCCGACGAAGCUCGAUUCCGCCAUUUUAAGUUGCCUUCUUUUCCCCGCGUCGCCUCGGAUUCAAUAAAAUUAAUACAGCCCGCUAGCUUCCGCGCGAGCGGGUCGCCGCCGCGCAGUCACGCCGCGGAAUUCUGAGAAGGGAUGAGAGAAUAACGGGGCAGGUCGAGGCGAACGUCUUUCGCGUCUCGGUCUGUGGGACGUUCUCGUUCUCGACGGGAAGAGCGUAGCGCGCUUCUCGCCCCCGAUGUUCCCGACCCACGGACACCUUCCGUCCCUCGGUUGAGUCCCGCUCGGGCUCGAUUCCGCGAGUAACCGGCCGUGCGCGUCGCGCUCUCGCCCGCCGUCGAGUCUCGGCGCGCGCUCCCUCGCGGAAGGUGCUUUUUAAAUCGAGUGGCUCCCCGGACCCGUGAGAGGCCGCGGGGCGGGCGGAUCGCGCGUGCGCGACGUCGGAUCGCUGACGCAAAGCGGUACGUCAGCUGUUUUGUUAGACUCCUCGCGGCGGAUAGACGUGCGUGUGCGUCCAUCGUCGUGUCGUGUCGUCGUCGUUGUCGCCGUUGCCGCCAUCGUCACCGUCGCCGUCGCCGUCGCCGGGAAUGGUGUUUCAUCGUUGACUUGGAGGGGCAUCUCUCUCUCGCUCUCUCUCUCUCUCGCGCGCAACUUUCGUCGUCGCACGGCAACGGGCUCUCGCGCACCUUUGUUCGCCGUACGCGCGCGUGAGAAGGACUGCGUGCGCGUUUCCGGGCGAUUCUGCGUGCGGCGGAGGAGUCGUGCGGACGCGCUCGCUCGCUCGCUCGCGCGCGGGCGUGUGUGUGUGUGUGCGUGCGCGCGUGUGUGUGUGUGCGCGCGUGUCGUCGCCGUCGUCGUGCUCGUCACCCGGAUCCUCGUUCGACGCUCGGGAGCGACCCCGAUUGAUCCCGCGGGACCUCCGUCCCGUACCGCCCGCGACCGCUCGACGCGACAGAAUCGGGACGUUCUCGCCCGCUCUCGCAGUGCUGGACACACAGUGACACACAGAAAGAGAGAGAGAGAGAGAGCGAGAACAAGAGAGAGAAGCGUAGAGCGGAGACAUGGCACAGCCGACGAGCAGCGCGCUACGGGCGCUCGCCCUGGAGUACAAGAGCCUGCAGGAGGAGCCCGUCGAGGGCUUUCGCGUCAAGCUGGUCAACGAGGACAACAUGUUCGAGUGGGAAGUCGCGAUCUUCGGCCCGCCCGACACUCUCUACCAGGGCGGGUAUUUCAAGGCACACAUGAAGUUCCCGCCGGAUUACCCGUACAGUCCACCGAGCAUUCGCUUCAUGACAAAAGUUUGGCACCCGAAUGUAUAUGAGAACGGCGAUCUCUGCAUAUCAAUCCUACAUCCACCUGUAGACGAUCCACAGAGCGGCGAGUUGCCCUGUGAGAGGUGGAAUCCGACGCAAAAUGUCAGGACUAUCCUGCUAUCGGUGAUCUCGCUGCUGAAUGAGCCCAACACGUACAGUCCAGCCAACGUUGACGCAUCCGUGAUGUAUAGACGCUGGCGCGAUUCCAAAGGAAGAGACAAAGAAUAUGAAAAUAUCAUAAGGAAACAAGCUCAAGCUGCCAAGAUGGAAGCCGAGAAGGAAGGUAUCGUCGUGCCUGUAACUCUGGAGGAUUAUUGCAUAAAGACUCGAGCGAGGCCGGCCGAACAGCAACUAGAUAUGACGGACUUCUACGAUGAUGAGUACGAGCUGGAUGACGACGAGGAUGAGCAGUUGAGCGCGACCGAUUACGAAGACGGCGACGAUAGUGGCAAUGGGGAAUCGUGAUCCAUUUCUUAAACGAUAAUAACAAAAGCCCGCUAAUUAUUAUAUAUCAGUUCUGUAUAGAUUAAUAAAUUAACGAGCUUUUAAACCGGA